GUCGCGUCGGGCGGGAGUUGGGCGUUUGUGAGCUCACGCCCCCUGCAUAGCCGUCUUUUGUCUGCUUAGCAGAUUCAGAUAGCUCCAGACACCGGGAGGGAGGGAAGGUAGGGGAGAGGGCAGGGGAGAGGGGAGCUGAUUGCCCUCCGCGAUGGAGAAAUGGAACCUCAAAAAAAGAAAGUAUUUGCAGUCUGGGAGCCUCUCAGCUUCUCAUUAUAACUUCAAGGUUGAUUCUUUCAGGGAGCGGAUCACAAGUGAGGCAGAAGACUUGGUGGCAAAUUUUUUUCCAAAGAAAUUGUUAGAACUUGAUAGUUUUUUGAAGGAGCCAAUCCUAAACAUCCAUGACCUGACUCAGAUCCACUCAGACAUGAAUCUCCCGGUCCCAGACCCCAUUCUGCUCACCAACAGCCACGACGGACUGGACGGUCCCACUUACAAGAAGCGAAAGUUGGAUGAGUGUGAAGAGGCCUUGCAAGGAACCAAGGUGUUUGUGAUGCCCAACGGGAUGCUGAAGAGCAACCAGCAGCUGGUGGACAUCAUUGAGAAGGUGAAGCCCGAGAUCCGGCUGCUGAUCGAGAAGUGCAACACGGUCAAAAUGUGGGUACAGCUCCUGAUUCCCAGGAUAGAAGACGGAAACAACUUUGGGGUGUCCAUUCAGGAGGAGACAGUGGCGGAACUAAGAACUGUUGAGAGUGAAGCUGCAUCUUACCUGGACCAGAUUUCCAGAUAUUAUAUUACCAGAGCCAAAUUGGUUUCUAAAAUAGCUAAAUAUCCCCAUGUGGAGGACUAUCGCCGCACCGUGACGGAGAUCGACGAGAAGGAGUACAUCAGCCUCCGGCUCAUCAUCUCGGAGCUGAGGAAUCAAUAUGUCACUCUACAUGACAUGAUCCUGAAAAACAUCGAGAAAAUCAAACGGCCCCGGAGCAGCAACGCGGAGACGCUGUACUGAGGCUGGGUGGGGCUGGGGCUCUGUGAGUCUGGCCCGAGACCAAGGUUGCCUGGUUUGUUACCUGACUGUCUCGAUGGGAGCCUGGCUGGAAGUAGUCACCACACCUCUCUGUUUUUAGUUAGAGUCUAAUGAAACUCUCAUCUAGUCCUGUGACGUGUUUACCUCUUUUUUCAGGCCUCAGGAACUGUUCUGUCUCCUUUUCCUAACCCCGACCGGCCUGUGCUCAUUUCUGGAGAACUCCAGGCGUGCAUGCAUGGGACGGUGGCACAGAUUGUGUCUGUGUCUCUCCCUCUCCCUCCUGUGUCUUAGGCUUUGUAUUUUUUUCCUUUCGAUGAUUAGUUGGGUGGCAGCUGAGGAACCACAGGGGAAGUGCUAGGUGUUUUUAGAAGCAGAGGUGGCAGGGAGCUGUCCUCUCUUCCUGUCACUUCUUUUGCCCCUGGGAGACAUCGCCGCAGUCUUCCUGGUGAUAACUUUGGUUUCCUGUCUGCGUCCAGUCCACCUGGAACUUCAUCCGCAGG